UAGAUGGCGCCACAAAGCACUUUGUUGACGUUUCUAGGUUAUGUUGACUCAUAAUUAUUUAUUUGCAAAUUUACAACUUUAAAGGUGAUAAAAAUGUCUAGCGGGGAUGAAGAAUCAAAAAAACCCAUCGUAAUACGAAGUACUAUAGAUGUGCAACGAUUAAAACUCGAAAAAUUAAUGAAAAAUCCCGAUAAACCUAUAAUGAUACCGGAGCGUCCGAAAGAACGCGGAAUGCCGGUGGUUCCAGAUUUUGUAAGAAACGUAAUGGGAUCGAGUGCUGGAGCUGGAUCAGGUGAAUUCCACGUUUAUAGGCAUCUAAGAAGAAAAGAGUACGCAAGGCAAAAGUAUAUGAAGGAAAAAGGAGAACGAGAACGGUUGGAAAAUGAGUAUCAUGAAAAGUUAGAGGAAAAUAAACGCCAAGCGGAACAAAAAACCGCUAAGAAACGUGCUAAAAGGUUGAAAAAGAAGAAGAAUUUGAAGCGGAAAAGGGGUAAUAAAGACGAAAAGAAAUCAUCCAGUGAAGAAAGUGAUGAUGAAGAGGAGAAUGAAAACGAUGAUGAUGAUGGAAAAUGUGAUGAUAAUGAAAAAGAUGAGGAUAAUGAAAAAAGUGAAGCUGAACAAAUAAACAAUGAGGAUGAAAAUAAUAAGAAUUAAUUAAAUAAAGGUAUUGUUGUUUUAAAAAUAAAUUUAUUUUAUAAGAA